AUGGUUGAGUUCAAGGUAAAAGCCGGAUUGGCUCAAAUGUUGAAAGGAGGAGUCAUCAUGGACGUUGUUAAUGCCGAGCAAGCCAUGAUUGCCGAAAGAGCAGGUGCAUGUUCAGUAAUGGCGCUUGAAAGAAUCCCCGCUGAAAUGAGGAAAUCGAACCAAGUGUGCAGAAUGUCUGAUCCUAAAAUGAUCAAACAAAUUAUGGAGUCUGUGAAGAUCCCGGUAAUGGCCAAGGUCAGAAUUGGACAUAUUACAGAAUCGCAAAUUUUAGAAGCACUCGGUGUUGACUAUAUCGAUGAGAGCGAAGUGUUGACUCCGGCUGAUACGGUAGAUCACAUUGCAAAGAAAAACUUUAAGGUUCCUUUUGUGUGUGGUGCUAGAAACUUGGGCGAAGCUUUAAGAAGAAUAAACGAAGGUGCUGCUAUGAUAAGAUGUAAAGGUGAAGCAGGAACAGGGGACGUUUCCUCUGCUGUUGAUCAUAUCAAAACUAUUCGUAAGGAUAUUGAAGCAGCUACAAAGUUGAAGUCUGAAAAGGAAAUUGCUGAUUUGGCCCAAGAGUUGAGGGUACCUGUUGAUCUUGUAAUUCAAGUUAUUGAGUUGAAGAGAUUACCAGUAGUUACAUUUGCUGCUGGUGGUAUUGCAACUCCUGCAGAUGCUGCAUUAUUGAUGCAAUUGGGCUGCGAUGGAGUUUUUGUUGGUUCUGGUAUUUUCAAAUCAAGCAACCCCGAGAAGUUGGCAAAGGCUAUUGUCAAUGCUACUACCAACUACAACGACCCUGUAAAGUUAUUGGAGUACUCAACAGACCUUGGUGAAUUGAUGCCAGGUAUUUCAAUUGAUUCCAUUAAGGAGAAUGAAAAAUUAGAAAAGAGAGGUUGGUAG